GGAACCGGCGGGGUGGGGGGGUGCUGGGCACGGGCCUGGCGGUGGUGAACCCGAACCUGCUGCUGUUGCCGCGGCGGGGUGGCGAGCGCGGCCGCCGGCGCCGGCUUUCGGGCCUCAUGGACGCGCGACGCGCCUCCGCGCUCCCCGCCGGAGAGGUAAGGCUGGCCUCUCUGCCACCGGAGGUCUGAGCUCUGCCAUGGGGGUAGGGGUGUCUUUACUGCUGCAGUUUUCGCUGACAUCCGGGGGCUACCCGAGUGUGGGCCGAAGCAGGCGCUCCAGCCGCAGAAGUAUCCCCGGGAACAUCCCCAGGAGGAGCUGGGCCAAGCCUCAUCUCCAGCUCCACAGCCUCCAGGCAGAGGAAGAACCGAUGCUGGAACGUCGCUGCCGGGGCCCGGUGGCCAUGGGCCCCGUCCAGCCCCGACUCCUUUCUGGGCCCUCCCAGGAGUCGCCCCAGACUCUGGAGAAGGAGCCCCAGGGGCUGAGGUCGCGAGGCACCGCCGCGGCCCAGUCGGGCAGCCAGGCCCUAGGUCGGGCCCAUCGCUGUGCCCACUGUCGGAGGCACUUCCCCGGCUGGGUGGCCCUCUGGCUUCAUGCCCGGCGCUGCCAGGCCCGCCUGCCCCGGCCCUGUCCCGAGUGCGGCCGCCGCUUCCGCCACGCCCCUUUCUUGGCACUGCACUGCCAGGUCCAUGCCGCUGCCACCCCAGACCUGGGCUUUGCCUGCCACCUCUGCGGGCAGAGCUUCCGAGGCUGGGUGGCCCUGGUUCUGCACCUGCGGGCCCACUCGGCGGCGAAACGGCCCAUCGCCUGUCCAGCCUGCGAGAGACGCUUCUGGCGGAGAAAGCAGCUGCGGGCCCAUUCGCGGCGCUGCCACCCCCCGGCCCCCGAGGCCCGGCCCUUCAUCUGCGGCAACUGUGGCCGCAGCUUCGCCCAGUGGGACCAGCUGGUGACUCACAAGCGGGUCCACGUGGCCGAGGCGCUGGAGGAGGCGGCGGCCAAGGCCCUGGGGCCGCGGCCCCGGGGGCGCCCGGCAGUGACCGCGCCCCGGCCGGGCGGGGACGCCAUCGACCGCCCGUUCCAGUGUGCCUGCUGUGGCAAGCGCUUCCGCCACAAGCCCAACCUGAUCGCCCACCGCCGCGUGCACACGGGCGAGCGCCCGCACCAGUGCCCCGAGUGCGGGAAGCGCUUCACCAAUAAGCCCUACCUGACCUCGCACCGGCGCAUCCACACGGGCGAGAAGCCGUACCCGUGCACCGAGUGCGGUCGCCGCUUCCGCCACAAGCCCAACCUGCUGUCGCACAGCAAGAUCCACAAGCGCUCCGAGGGCUCCGCGCAGGGCGGGCCCCAACCGCCCGCCGGCGCCCCGGAGCGCGCCCCGGAGCGCGCCCCGGAACCCCCUCCGGAGCCGGCCCCCGAGCCAGCUGAGGUCUCUGCUGGGCCCGGGCCGCCAGGCGCCAAGGCGGAGGCCCCGCCCUCCCUCCACACCUGCGCCGACUGUGGGCGGGGCUUCCGGCUGGAGCGCUUCCUGCGCGCGCACCAGCGGCAGCACGGCGGCGAGCGGCCCUUCGCGUGCGCCGAGUGCGGCAAGCACUUCGGCAAGAAGACGCACCUGGUAGCGCACUCCCGGGUGCACUCGGGCGAGCGGCCCUUCGCGUGCGAGGAGUGCGGGCGCCGCUUCUCCCAGGGGAGCCACCUGGCCGCCCACCGGCGCGACCACGCGCCCGAGCGGCCCUUCGUGUGCCCGGACUGCGGGAAGGCCUUCCGCCACAAGCCCUACCUGGCCGCGCACCGGCGCAUUCACACCGGCGAGAAGCCGUACGUCUGCCCUGAGUGUGGCAAGGCGUUCAGCCAGAAGUCCAACCUGGUGUCCCACCGGCGCAUCCACACGGGCGAGCGCCCCUACGCCUGCCCGGACUGCGACCGCAGCUUCAGCCAGAAGUCCAACCUCAUCACCCAUCGCAAGAGCCACAUCCGGGACGGCGCCUUCUGCUGCGCCAUCUGUGGCCAGACCUUUGAUGACGAGGGGAAGCUCCUGGCCCACCAGAAGAAGCACGAUGUCUGAGCGGGCCGGGGCGGCGGAGGCCGAGGGAGUGUGGGCCGGGCGUCGUUCACACUGUGCCCUCUGCUGCUGCUGUCGGCGAGGGGGGUGGCGAGGUGGGGUGAGCCGGCCCCGUUAGGGAGGGAGGUUCCCCGCUGUAAUCAGGGAGUCCACUUGCAGAGCAGGGACCCCGGCCUCCAGCUGGUGUUUGCUAAGGUUCGGUCCAGACUAUCCUGUGCCCUGGAAAAGUAGCAAUAGCAGCUCCACCCACCCCUUACAGCCCUCCGGCCGGAGGGGCCACCAGUGGACAGGAGGACCCCUCUCCUCUGGUGUUAACGCCUUAACGUCCCGUCUCUUAUUAUGAGUUCCUUUGGCUCGUUUUUUUUUUUUUUUUUUUUGCAAGUAGGUGUGGUUCAGCCCUUAGUGAAUGAAUGCCGGGGAGGAUCAGUGGAGCAGCUGGACACACCCGGAGAACCUGCUGGCCUUGUUGGGCAGCACCUGGGCCUUUUCCAGUCCUGGGAGGCAAAGCCGAGCUCCUCCAGCCUGCCCCAGACCGGCCCCUCGCUCCCGCCCCUGCACAGGCAUCCAGAUUUGGAGAGACCCGUCUACUGUUAGUGCCGUGGCUCCCCUUCCUCCCCCGAAAGAUCAGUCCUUCCCAGAGCAUCUUCCCACGCUGCGACUGCCUUCAUCCAACCACCCUCCCAGCACUUAGAGCAAUCCCAUGGCUGUCAGCCGCCCUGUGUCAGGGCUUUUGUCCGAAAACCCCAGCCCGCCUUCACUCCCUUCAGAGCUCAGCACAUUGUGGGGAGGACUGCCCCAUUGAUAACGGAAGGCCAGCUGAUGGGAAGUGGGGGUGAGUUUCCCUUCCAACAUUCUAGCGUGUGGAUCCCCAACCUCUGCUUGAACAUUUAGGUGACAGGGAAUCUCCUGAGGCCCUGGUUCUAUUGUAGGAUAAUUCUAAUUGUUAGAAAUUCUUCCUUAUAAUGAAUGAAGUCCGCUUCCCUGUAAUUUCUACUGUUGGGCCUUGUUUGUUCCCUGGAACUAAACACAACCACUAACCCUCCUUUUCCAACUAGAGAAUAAAGAUCUGGUUUUAGA